AUGUCAGCAGAGGGCGAGGAGCAGGGCCCAGCCAGCUAUGACAGCAGGUGUAUCUUCUGUAGGAUCACCAACAACCAGGAGAAGGGCUCCGAAUUACUGCACUCUGAUGAGGAUCUGACCUGCUUUAGAGACAUAAGACCUGGAGCCCCGCAUCAUUAUCUAGUGGUACCCAAGAAGCAUGUAGGGAACUGCAAGACCUUAACCAAUGAACAUGUACCACUAGUUCAGAAUAUGAUAGAAGUUGGGAAGAAUGUGCUACAGAAAAAUCAUGUUGCAGAUGUGGAGGAUAUAAGGUUAGGUUUCCAUUGGCCUCCUUUCUGCUCGAUAGGCCAUUUGCAUCUGCAUGUUCUGGCUCCAGCUAGCCAACUGGGAUUUCUUUCAAGAAUGAUUUACAGAAUAAAUUCUUAUUGGUUUAUCACGGGGACCGAUCAGCUACUUGAGCGCCUUCAAGCAAACACAGCUACAAGCUGA